CACGACCUUACGGACGGUGGUAAGCAACCAUUGCGAUUUUGUGUAGCCCGCACGGUCUGCCUUUUGUUAGGGAUUUCAUUUAAAUUAUAGCAUCUCAAGGUGACAAAACGAUGCCGAGCGUCAGAAGGAUGAUCUUGGGCCACGUGUUGAGUGACACGUGCGCGAAAAUGAAUCGGAUGAAAAAGAUCCGAGGAAACGUCAUGGAAACUCCUCUGAAACGAUGCUUGUCCGCCUUUGAAAUCACCUUGCUGGGAGUCGGUCAUAUGGUCGGAGCAGGGAUCUACGUCCUGACGGGAAUCGUUGCUCGAUAUAUCGCCGGUCCAGGAAUCGUCCUCAGUUUCCUUCUGGCGGGGUUCGCAUCACUGAUGGCAGCGUUAUGCUACGCAGAAUUUGGUGCAAGGGUCCCAAAAGCGGGCAGUGCCUACGUCUAUACGUACGUUUCCAUCGGCGAGUUUUGGGCCUUCAUUAUCGGAUGGAACGUGAUGUUGGAGCACAUGAUCGGCGCAGCCUCCGUUGCCAGGGCCUGGAGUGCGUACGUUGAUUCUCUGACGGGCGGAUUCUUGAGCAAUUACUCAUCCCAUCUGGUAUGUGGCUAUAGAAAUGCGGACGAUCCUCCCUGCUACGAUUUUCUAGCCGCCGUCGUGUGUCUUCUCUACACAAUUCCAAUUGCCGCUGGUGUAAAAGCGUCCGCUAUGGUAAACGCAGUUCUGACCUUGGUGAAUCUGGCAGUGAUAAUAAUGAUCGGCGGUAUGGGAUUCUAUUACGCAGACAUCGAUAAUUGGAUCAAUGACAAAGACGGCUUCCUUCCCUUUGGAUUCAACGGUGUUUUGGCAGGUGCGGCCACAUGCUUUUACGCAUUCGUCGGUUUCGACUCAAUCGCAACCGCUGGAGAGGAGGCUCGAGAACCAGCCAGAAGUAUCCCAAUCGCCACUAUCAUUGCCAUGCUAAUCGUAACCACAGCUUACGUCGUCAUAGGUGGAACCCUAACUGCGGUUGUACCAUUCCGGGAAAUAAAUCCAACCACAGCACUGUUGGACGCUUUUUCUGGAGUUAUGCCUUGGGCGAAAUAUGUUAUCAGCAUUGGUGCCUUGUGCGGCAUGACCACUACCCUCUUUGGAUCACUUUUCUCCCUGCCAAGGACGAUGUACUCAAUGGCAAGCGAUGGACUCUUGUUUAGCUUUUUCGCCAAGAUAUUUCCGUUCACGAGAGUACCGAUUUUCAGCCUGAUAUUCACCGGAUUGUGCUGUUCGUCAAUCGCGUUUUACUUCGACCUCGAACACCUCGUUGAAUUUAUGUCGAUCGGAACCUUUUUGGCCUACACGAUCGUCUCCGCGAGUGUGAUUGUCUUGAGGUAUCGUCCCGAGGUAACAUCGACUUGUCCUACGGAAGCCAUUACUCCCAGCACUCCAGGUUCUUCUGUGACCGAGGGUCCAGACUCACACUCGGGAAGUGACUGCAAUAGCAUCCAUUCAUCGAAUGCUGAGCUUUUAGACUUGAGUGAAGGAACCGGAAGGCUCAAGCCCCGAUAUUCUUGGUUGGCAUGGGUGUUGGGCCGUAUGGAACCAGGAAAAUGUGUCACAUUAGCUACGCUUUUGUUCACCCUUGCCUGUGUUCCGAUGUGUACAAAGUUACACAUCGUCUUCAAACCGUCCACUCAGUUACGGCUUGGCGAUUAUUUCGCCUUCGUCUUUCUUGGGUUAGUGCUGAUCAUCUGCCUUUUCAUAAUCGGAUGCCAUCAACAAACUCCCGGACUUAAUGCAAAGUUUCGUGUGCCACUGGUUCCAUUCGUUCCAGCAUUGAGCAUCUUCUGCAACAUUGGGUUAAUGUUCCACUUAUCAUCUCUGACGUGGAUUCGCUUCUUUGUGUGGAUGAUACUAGGUAUGCUCGUUUACUUCCUGUAUGGAAUUCAUCACAGUAAAGAAGCUACGUCGCCGAAUUCUCGAUCAAAUUUGAUGGCCACCCCGGAGGCAGGUCGGGGUGCAAAAUGGGGCGCAACUUUGGGCCAAUCAAGUGACAAGGUACCAAUACUUUCGUACGACGAAGCAUCAAAAUAGAUGGUAACAAAAAUUGUUAUAAAAUGUUUGUAUAUUUAUAUAUUUGCUGAUUAGCUCAGAGGCACCUGAAACAUGAUUCACGGUGGAUGACCAGUAAAUGUAUAGUAAAAUUUCUACGUUACCAAAAUUGAAUCGUUCAGGGUAGUCUGACCUUCAGGUGAAAGGAUGUUUCUAAAUUUCAAGAAGAGGACACCGAUAAUUGUCGUUUUUUUAAUACAUUCCAAACAGAAAAACACUCUCAAACUUGUAUUUCAGAUUAGCGGAGGAAAAAAUGUUGCACAAUAUUAUUCAAAGUUUAAAAUUAUAUGUGGUCAUCUUUUCUCGAGUGCAUAACAAAACUAUUCAAAAUGUGUUACGGUUGUUAUUUAUGUUCGGAAUGCAGAAAUAUCAAAAAACGGGAAUAUUUCACGUGCAAGGAUCUAGGUUUCGAUGCUCAACGAAUUCAGGAAGUAAUUCAAGAAAUUCGAUAAAAUGUUGAACAGUAUCGAUCAAUUCUAGCACAUUUUUCCACGUUAGUUUACGAAUGACUUAUCCGUUUAGUAUGAAACUGCGCAACAAGACGAGGUCGGAAUGUACUCAGCGUUGUUAGGACUUCGACUCAUUGUCAGUUUAACGCACGAACAUGUUUAGAAAAUAAUUUCAAAGAAAGGGUGCCUUGAGAUCCGGUAUUUUAUAUAUGUACAAAUGUUAGACCUACAAACCAAGACAAUAGUAUACAUUUGUAAUGUGAUUAUGUAUUGUUGAGCAUUGUCGCGAGGAUGAAAAAAGGCUGGGGAAACUAUAUAUAUACAUAUAUAUAUAAACGAACAGUAUAAACGCUACAAUAUUUAUUAAUUUCAAAUAGUUACCGUACGUUGUAAUAUAUACACUAUCAGAAAUAAAGAACGUUAUACAUUA